AUGAGGGAUGCUUCCCACCUCCAGAUCCUGCUCCUGUUGGUGCUGGGAGCCAGAAUGCAGAGGUGUGCAGCUUGUGGGCAGCCCCGUAUGUCCAGCCGAAUCGUGGGGGGCCGUGAUGCUCGGGAUGGAGAAUGGCCAUGGCAGACAAGCAUUCAGCACCGUGGAGCCCAUGUGUGUGGGGGGUCACUCAUUGCACCCCAGUGGGUACUGACAGCAGCUCACUGCUUCUCCAGACGGACACUGCCAUCAGAAUACAGCGUGCUCCUGGGAGCACUGAGUCUGGGUGUCACAUCAUCCCAUGAGCUCUUGGUUCCUGUAUUGCGGGUGCUGCUGCCCCCUGACUACUCUGAGGAUGAGGCCCGUGGUGACCUGGCACUGCUGCAACUGCGUCACCCGGUGUCCCUGAGUGCCCGAAUCCAGCCUGUCUGCCUGCCGGCACCAGGGUCCCAUCCACCACCAGGGGCUCCAUGCUGGGUCACUGGCUGGGGUAGCCUCCAUCCAGGAGUGCCACUCCCAGAGGGGCGACCCUUGCAAGGAGUGAGGGUGCCACUACUGGACUCCCGCUCCUGUGACCGCCUCUACCACGUGGGUGCCAAUGUGCCCCAGGAUGAGCGCAUAGUGCUACCAGAGAACCUGUGUGCUGGCUACCGCAGGGGUCAUAAGGAUGCCUGCCAGGGUGACUCUGGAGGACCCCUGACCUGUAUGGAGUCUGGCCGCUGGGUCCUAGUGGGUGUGGUGAGCUGGGGUAAGGGCUGUGCCCUGCCCAACCGUCCAGGUGUCUAUACCAAUGUGGCCAAGUACAGUCCCUGGAUCCGGGCUCACAUGAGCCUCUGA